AUGGCAAAACAAACUAUGGAAAAAAACCAACAAAUGAUGUUAGCUUUAGGACACAGUAUUAAAGAAAUAAUAAAAAUUACAAGACCAGAAUGCGAAUACAUAACGACUGAUACCACAAAAAGAAAAAUUGAUAAAAUACAAGAAAUUAGUGACAGGAUAUUAUUAGAUGCUCAAAGAUGGGAUGAAUUGAAUUUUUUGGAAAAACUUUUG